CCCCAGACUGGGAGGCUCCUGUGUCCACGACAUGUCCUCAAAAAGGCAUCGCGGAGUCAUUGCUUUUAGGGGCCUCUUCCCCCAUCCUUGACUUGGCUUGGAGCCCAAUCCAGAUGGUUGGGACCAUAAUUCUCCAGGUAGAAGCUUCUUAGCAUAGAGGUUUUAAGACCUGAAUCUAACCAGCCACUUCUGGAAUUGUGGACCCCCUGCUGGGUGCCCUGCAGCUGCCUCACUUUCAUCCCAGGGGCAUUGCCCAUUGAGCCCUGGCUCCCUUGGCUUUUUGGGAGCCAGGGGUGGAACAGAGCCAGCUUGGGAGUUCAUACUUAUUGUCUCCUGCCUGCCCUGUCUCUUGGUUCAGGCACCAAGGCCAAGUUUUAUGGCUGGACAUUUUGCAUCUGCUACUGGGGCCCAUUGGUGAUCCAGCGAGAAUUCCACACUUGUUGGGGACCAGUGUCCCUCCUUGGCCUCUUCGCACAUGUCCUUUAUAAUUUGCCCUACUCAGCUGUGCCUGGUGGUUUUACUCCUGGCCUUCUGGUUUUAGACUUCUGUAGUUUCUAUUUCCUAUUCUCUACUAUUUUUCCUGGGAGGGGUGGGCUCAGCCUGCUUAUUAUCCAAGAUUCACAGCUUAGCUUGUGGGAUAACAUGCAGUUCUGACCUUGAUGUCUGCAUCAUGGAGGUCAUUGAAAUCCCACCUAUCUCUUUGGAUCAUGGAGCCACCAGGGUGGCUGCAGCCCUGGUUGGCUCCCGGCUCCUAAGGGACGAAGUGGCUUGAACAGGAUGGCAGACUGAGAAUAGUAAUAAUAGCUGCCAGUUGUUGGGCAGCCACCCUGCCAGGCUUGGGGCCAAGCACCCUAUAUAUGUCACCUACAGUGCCGAGCAGUGGGUUUUAUUCUAGUUUUAUAGAUGAGGAAACAGGCUGGGAAAGAAGUCCAUUAACUUUCGCAAAGCCAUACAACCAGAAAGCUGGAAGCUGAGGUUCAGAGCCAAGGAUUUUACCCUGUAAAGAAUACCCCUAUUUCCACACACCCCAACAGCUAUUGACUGUAAUUAACGCAUGAUAUUAUGAGGCAGGGCUGUCUAAAAAGAGUAGACAGACAGCAGACUUGACCUGGCAUGCUGGACUCAGCUGGAGAUGGGGAGAGGAAGGAGCAUAUAAUCAUUGGGAUGCCAGGAAGCUGCUGACCAGUGGGAGCCAAGGCAGGACUCGGUGGCAUCUGGGAGGUCUCAGUGGGAUCUAGGGUUAAGUUGCUGGUAAGAAAGAAAGCAGUUUCCUCCCUUCUGCUUGUUUUCAUGGCUCUGCUCACAGCCAGAAAUGGGAUUUCUCUGCUUGGCUCAGGGUGAGGGCUGAUAGGGCUCACACACAAAAGCAGGCUUGCUACCCCCAGGAGCUGGUUUUCUAAUGAAGGAGACGGAGGUGGGAAGGAGACUUAACACUGGGAGCUGCCAUCACUUGGCACAAGCUUAGCAAAGAAUAUUCAUUCGCACAGUGGCUAUUUGCUUUCUUGGGCUUCACAGCUAGCAUGUCAGGACUUGAACCACUUAGAGGUCUCUCAGGUGAGUGAAGGAGUCAUAUAAAGGCUCCACUCUGGCCUAUGAAGAGCUCAGAGACCACAGCAUCCAGGAGAAACGGUUUUCCCUUUUCAUAGCAGGGUGCAGAGGAGUGUGAUUUCAAGAACCCCACAGGUUUCUGUCCAUUCCUUCCUGGAUGUCUGUCCAGAGGUCACCAUCCUGGCACAGACCAGGAGAGAGCAUUUAAGAGUGGAACUUGGCAGUUUGGAAAAUAUUUUGAGAAGAGCCACUAAGACUAAGGAUGUAUCUGGGGCAUCGUGGAAGGGCCUAGAAUGUCAGGAUGAAGGGUGUUCUUGAUUUGGUGACUGACGGACCACCACUGAGAGAUAGCAGGCUGGGGGUCUUGGUAUUUCUGGGUAUCGGUUGAGAGGAAAGCUUAGAGGUGUAGCCUGCUUCCUCCUUGCUUCUCACACCUGACAUACCAGUUUCAGGGCACUGCGGAACCCGACCUGAAUACUUACCGUUGACCUCCACGCAGUCAGGAGGAGGGCGAUAGAAUAUUUCCUCCACCCUCUAUGCAGCCCUAGACUCAGCCCAGGUGCUGGCUGAGGACACUCAGGGGCCAGCUGGUCACGCAGCCCUUGCCUUGCGGAGGCGUCGGCUUCAGCGCAGAGUUUUCCUGGGACAGCUCCUCUCGAGCUUGAGUAACCACACCAGGCAGUGAGUCUGAAAACCCCUUGGGGUCUCCAGAGCCCCCUACACCCGGUGGUCUCACUGCUCGGAGAGCCAAUUCUGGAAGGCCCCGCCUUUAGCCAAUCAAGGGUCCAGACGAAGAGAGAGGCGGGCACUAUUAAAAUUGGCCAAUCACCGCUGACAACCUCUGAGGACAGUUUUGGCCCCCACCCCCUAUGCCCCCAAGCCGCGUGACUGACAGCGCUAUUGUCCCUAAACUCAUGACUUUCCCUUUUCCUCCUUCAUUCCGCGCGUCAGUUGCAGAAAGAACCAACCACCCAUGAUAGGACUCCUGGGAUUCGCUGCCAACCCUUGAGCCUUUAGAGCCUUCCCUGGGUCUACCACAGAAAUGCCGAGCCUCCUGCCGUCCUAGACGGGUUGCGGAUGGAGGGACAGAGCCACUACCGGCUUCUCUUGUGAGCCCCAGCAUCCCGUUGCUGUCCCAGAGACCCCGGGAGACUGAGCCUGGCAGCCACUUUUGGCCCCAGUGGUGACCAUCUCGUACGCAGGGCAGGGAGAGUCCCGACCUGUGCACCUGGCCCCAGCCCGGACGCCUCCGCUGGCACUCGAGCACGCUCCAAGCCCGGAGCAGGGCCUGACGGUGCUGCCAGUGAGAGUCGGGCGCGAGUGCGACAAUGGCCUGGGAGACUGCGAUCCUCUUCAGGGGGAGCCGGGUAAACUGAGGAGGCCAGUGCAAGAAAAGUAUCUGGAGCCUCAGAUCUCCAAGUAGAGGAGUAAGUAGAAAGAGUAGGAGCAGGCCCAAAUAAGUGGGCAGUUGAACCCAGAACUUCCGGACACAGCUCGCCGGCUCUAGAUUCAGUCUGGCCCGGGGACUCCCUCCGCUCGGGUUGCCGGUGGAAGAGCACGGGACUGCCUGGGGUCAGAGUCCCCGCCUGAAGAAAACCCUGCCGAGCGACCCCGGCCGACGCUCGGGUAUGGAGAAUAGCCACAGAAGGCUCCGUGCUCCUUCCUGGGCUGCAUUUCCCAUGCUCACCGAGAGUCACAGCAGCAGAAAAAUCUGAAGGAUAAACCAAGAGCGAUUACAGCAGGAGUCUAAAAGUAGAUCAUAACCCACCGUCAGGGGUGUUGUCGUGUCUGGUACCGCUGCCUUCUAAUUGGUCAGCCCUGUAAAUUCUCCCAAGUUCAUUGGUCAUCUAUCACGGCUUAUGACAAGCUCAAUGGGAGAACAGCCUCCUGGGGAGUGUAGUUCCAAGUACUUAGAGUCGCGCAUGCGCUGUGCCUUUUCCCGGAGAGCUCUGCGCGAACUUCCGGUACCGGGAUCUGGAGGCUGAACAGGGAACGCCUGGGCGGCUGUGGGAGGUGUGUGGCUCGGGGGCGGGACCGUUGACACGGCCUCCGGACUCCGAGGUCGAGCGCGGGUCUCCGGGUGGGUGGGGUCCGCGCCCUCAGGCAGAGGCUGAAGUGGGGGAAGUGCUGCGGGGAGCCCGGGCGUAUGUACCCCUUCCCUGCCCCGCCGCCUCUCAGCUCCGCGCAGGCGAGGCUGCUGGGGACCGAGCACGGGGCUCCGGCCCGGUCCGCGUUUCCGCCCGCCGCGUCCUGCCAAGCGACCCUGGAGUCCAGAUGCUGGCCCAGCUGCCACAGGAAAUCCCUCUGGGACACUGAAGGGCAGGCUCCUGGGUGGAGGCCCACCAACCCUGAGCCUUAGGCCAGGGGAAUGGCAGCCCCCUCGGAGCCUCAGGACCAGGCCCCAGGGGAGGGAGAAGGGCUUCUCAUUGUGAAGGUGGAAGAUUCCUCCUGGGAUCAGGACUCUGCCCAGCAAGAGGAUGGCAGGGAUUCUGAGGCCUGCCGCCAGCGCUUCCGGCAGUUCUGCUACAGGGAUGUGGGUGGGCCCCAUGAGGCCUUCAGCCAGCUAUGGGAGCUCUGCUGCCGCUGGCUGCGACCUGAGCUGCGUACCAAGGAGCAAAUCUUGGAGCUGCUUGUGCUGGAGCAGUUCCUGAGUGUGCUACCUGGGAGUGUCCAGGACUGGGUGCGAGAGCGGUGCCCAGGGAGUGGCGAGGAAGCUGUUGCCUUGGUGGAGGACCUGCGGAAGCAGCCAGUGAAAGCGUGGCCACAGGACGUGCCCUCAGAGGAGGUAGAACCUGAGGCUGCAGUCCAGGGAUCCCAGGCCAAGGGACCUCCCCCAAAGGUGGGAGCACAAAACCAGCCACCUGUACCUUGGGAGCAGCACAGCCAUGGUGUCCAGCUUCCUGCUCUUAAAGAGGGGAGAACCAAACAGAAAACAAAUGCCUGCCUUGCCUCUGAGAUCCGUGGACCUGUGACAUUUGGAGAUAUUCCCUUCUAUUUCUCCCAGGAAGAAUGGGGGUCCCUGGACCAUGCUCAGCGGGAUCUUUUCUGGGACAUAAAGCGGGAAAACUCCCGGAACAUUGCCCUGGGUUUGGGGCUCAAGAGACAAAGGGGACCAUCCCGGCUGGAGGAGGCGGUGAGGGUGCUCCCAGGCCAGGCCGAUAACGAUGUGGCUGUGGCCUGGAGCCCUGAGGAGGCUGAGUCCUGGGAGAGUGAGGCCCGGCCAGGGGUGCCCUUGGAGCCCGUGGCUGGUUCAAGGCGGGGGCGGCCGCCCACACGCAGGCGCCAGUUUCGGGACCUGGCAGCGGAGAAGCCACACAGCUGUGGCCAGUGUGGCAAGCGCUUCCGCUGGGGCUCAGACCUGGCGCGCCACCAGCGCACGCACACAGGCGAGAAGCCGCACAAGUGCCAGGAGUGCGAAAAGAGCUUCCGCAGCUCCUCAGACCUGGUGCGCCACCAGGGCGUCCACACCGGCCAGAAGCCCUUUUCCUGCUCCGUGUGCGGCAAGAGCUUCAGCCGCAGCGCCUACCUGGCGGACCACCAGCGCAUCCAUACGGGUGAGAAGCCCUUCGGCUGCAGUGACUGCGGCAAGAGCUUCUCGCUGCGCUCCUACCUGCUGGACCACCGGCGCGUGCACACCGGUGAGCGGCCCUUCGGCUGCGGCGAGUGUGACAAGAGCUUCAAGCAGCGCGCCCACCUCAUCGCCCACCAGAGCCUGCAUGCCAAAAUGGCCCAACCCGUGGGGUGAGGGUUGGGGUAAGGGCUAGAGGGAUCUCGCGGGAGGCGGAGCAGCAGGAUAGCCACUUCUCUCUGCUGCCACCUCCUGCAGUCACAACCCCCACUGCCUGCCCCACACUGCCCCAAGACCUGGUGAUCACCUCCAUGUAAUGGAAAUCCCCUGUGACCUCGUAGCCAUUCUUCCGCCCUGGGGGUUUCUCUUGCUGUUUGGCCUCCUAAAGCCCCAGCACAUACAUUCCUGGCAAGUGGCCUCAGUAUGGGAGAAAGGCUGAGGCAGCAGGGAAGUGUGGGAACCCCCUCAGGGCCUGGGGUCCUCUAUCCAAGAGACUCCCCUCAGCCUUGCCCGUGGCUCUUUGUUCCCCCACUUCUUGGCUGGGUCCAUGGGCCAGGCCCUCUGCCCUAAUAACCUGUGCCUUCCUGCAGGGGUGGAGGACAAGUUUUGACCACUAAGGUGCUGACAGGCUCUAGGAGGCUGUCCCAGACCUGUGGAUCUAGGUCCUGGGUGGGGCCAAAAGGGCUUUCUGGCCUCUACCCCCGCCUGUUUCCGUGACCACUCUGUCCUGUCCUGGUGACAUGGAAGUUGCCAGCACUGAUCUCCACUGAUUUCCCCCUUGAGAGACUGGAGGUCUACUGUGCAGAAUGAACAGGCCAGUGGAAACCCACUGCUCCCACACUCACCUCCAGAGACGUGGAGUUGUGGCACUUCACACUAGCGCUCCGUCAGUGCUGUGGCACUGACCCCUCAGGCAGUGCAUCCCACGUCUGCGUCGUGGGCAGAUCACAGGGACAACCACGGGCUCUCCAAAGGCGCUGGCCCAGCCUGCCUCAAAAGGGUAGCAAAAGGAUUUGAAUAAACAUGGAACACUGCCCUGGCCGGUGUGGCUCAGUUGGGCAUACAAUAAUAUCUUUCUCCCUCCCUUCCCCUCUCAAAAAUAAAAAAAUUUAAAACUUC